UUGCCUGACUCCCGGGUUGCGUUGGUGCCUGCGUCUGCGGGCGGGAAAUUCGCUUUUUCCCGAGUGCCCUCGCUCUUUUCCCUCGUGAGUUCGGACGAGGGGAGCGGAAAUCUCAGGUGAAUGAAUCUAAAGUCCCCGAGAGCAUAAUUGGCCUAUCUCUGACACCACAACACAGAAUAAUUUUACAGAAGCAAGCUCGAGUACUUCUUUUUCCACUUGUUGUCAAAAAGAACAAACAGGGCCAAAUGAUGAGCCCUCAGAAUCUAUCAGAAAAUAAUUCUAACGAUGAAGAGAAGCCUAAAAUAAAAAGGAAACACAGAGAACUUGAAACUCCAGAAAAAGAAGCUGUAUUUCCCAAAGAAGAAUACAGUCUACAAAAAUCAGCUUUGGGUUCUCAGACACAACCAAGUGUUGUGAUACCCAAGAAUACUAAAGAUGUGUUGUCUCUCAGUAAUGAAAUGCAAAACAAUCAGGAUGGAGGUGGUGACGAAAAUGAAACAGCUGAUUUGGAUGACUCAACAGAGUUAUCAGCUUAUGAGAAGAAGAGGCUAAAAAAUAUAUCAGAAAAUGCUGAAUUUUUUGCUUCACUUCAUUUGGUAGAGACAGCUGCAAGGUUACGUGAAAUGAUAACUAAAAGACCAUCUCGUGGAAUCAAGAGAAAGAAGCUAAAGAAGGCAGAAGAUGAGAUUGUUUGUCGAAGAUCCAUGAGGUUAUUAAAAGUAGAUCCAUCAGGAGUCCCAUUACCAGAUCCUUCACCACAGCCUGAAUCAGUAGUUGAUCAAUAUAUUCGCUUACCUCCUGGCCCUUUGGAAAUGAUACCUGAAAAUCAAACUGGCGAAAAUGAAAUGUUUAAAGGAGUUUUACAGAUGUGGAUGAAAAUAAGCCAGCCAAGAAAUAAGAGUACUAAGAAGUUAUCUAGUAUGAAAAGAUACCAGGCAGGUUUGACUGGCAUGGUCAUUAGCGAAGAUACUAUCUGCAAAGUUACCAGAAGCAGAAUAUGCUCUAUGGCUAUUCAUCCAUCAGAAACUAGGACAUUGGUGGCAGCUGGGGACAAGGUUGGCCAAGUUGGACUAUGGGAUUUGACUCAGGAACCUAGAGAAGAUGGGAUUUUUACCUUUACUCUCCAUAGUCGAGUAGUUAGCUGUCUGAAUUUUUCACCUGCCAAUCCAGCCCACUUGCUGUCACUGAGCCACGAUGGGACCUUACGCUGCGGAGAUUUUACUAGGGCUGUGUUUGAAGAGGUAUAUAGAAACGAAGAAAGGGAUUUUUCAUUCUUUGACUUCUUGGCUGAUGAUGCAUCUACUUUAAUAGUAGGGCACUGGGAUGCAGGUGUGGCUAUAGUGGAUAGACGGACACCAGGAACUUCAUAUGAGCAAUUUUUCAAUUCUGAUAUGAGCUUAAUAAGAACUCUUCAGGUUCACCCAGUGAAUAGACAUUAUUUCAUAACCGCUGGUGCAAGGGAUGUUCAUAUUUAUGAUCUGCGACACCUCAGAUCUAAAGGAAUGAAACCUUUGAUUUCUCUCACUGAACACAUGAAGAGCCUUGCUUCUGCAUAUUUCUCACCUGUUACUGGCAACAGAAUAGUGACUACAUGUGCUGAUGAUAAUUUGAGGGUCUUUGACACUAGCAGUAUAUCUUCCAAGAUUCCUUUGCUGACCAGAGUCAGGCAUAACAACAACACAGGACGGUGGUUGACCAGGUUCAGAGCUGUGUGGGAUCCAAAGCAAGAAGACUGCUUUAUUGUUGGCAGCAUGGCUCAUCCAAGAAGCAUAGAUGUGUUCCAUGAGAGCGGAGAGCUGGUGCACUCUUUUAUCCGUGAAGAGUGCCUUGCCUCUGUUUGUUCCAUCAACGUCACGCACCCAACUCAGAAUAUUUUGGCUGGGGGGAAUUCUAGUGGGAGAAUCCAUGUUUUUAAGGGUUAAAAAAAAGUUGCCAAGGUUUUGCUUUGACUAGAUUGGAUUAUUUUGAUUUAGGUAAUGCCCAAGGGGCAUUGAUUUCUAGUCUUAUAACACAGUAAGUUGCUUUGUAAAUGUGAUAAUGCCAAAAUGAGCAGUAUGCACUUUCAUUUUUUGGGAGAAGCAAUAGAAAUCUUGAGUUUUUUUUCCCUGAAAGUUGAGGGUGAGGAUUUAGGGGGCUGAUUUAUGUACGUUUUAUAUAGACAUGUUCUGAGGUACUAAGAUGUUUUGAAUAACCAGUAUUAAAGUUUUUGUGACCUCAUUGA